GAAGAAGACAAACAUGGAGCGGGAAACAAACGUAUGUCAAAUCGGCGACACGGACACUUUUUGUCCGUCUACUCUCAAACUGUACGAGGCGCAGUUCUUCGGCUUCACCCCGCAAACGUGCAUGCUUCGGAUUUACAGCUCGUUCCGUGAGUGUCUGUGUGAAAUAUUACGUGUCGUGGAGAAGGUCUGCGUGAGAAAGCUGAGGACUGAGCCGGAUAGUGACAGGGAGCUCAGGUCCAGGGCGAGGGAGUGCAGCCAGAAGCUCCACCGGUUGCUUGAAAAAGGCUUCGAGCGUGUGUCGGAGAGAAUGGAGGCCCUGUUGAUAAGCAGCUGCUUUUCCGUCCCGCCCAACGUGCUGUUACCCGAAGACCAGCCGCACCGUCAACACCCGCAAGGUUUAGAGGUGGUACUAAAGCUGGAGUCAUCUCUGGCUGAACUUCACAGGGCCUAUGAGGCAGAAAUAUACGCCAGGCAGGCCCUUCUCUCUGAGCUCGAGGAGCAGAAGGAGGUGCAGGAGGAGCUGGAUGGGAUCCUGAGAUGGAUUGGAGAAAUCCAGGCAGGCUGGGGGACGGAGGGCAUGGGCAGCUUCUACAACAACUUUCAACUGGUGAUGGAAUCGGUAAAGAAACUGCAGGACACUCUCGAGGAGAUCUGCAACAAAGUCCAUAGAAAAGUGAACUGAAAUUCAUAUUUCACAGACACAUUCCAGUUAUUGUAGAUAUUGAUUUAUAGGUGUUGAGAUAAAGAAAUACUGGUUCACAUGUGUAACAAUGCUUGAAAUAAAGCAACAUAUUUUAGAAUACAGACAGAAAAGCAUUAGAUGAGACUAUCGGUUCCAAGGGGGAAGACCACCCCCAUCACACACCCUGUAAAUAUAUGUAUUAUGUUUGCCUGAUCACAUGUUAACUUUUGAAAGGCUAAAUGUUGUUCAAAGGAUUGCGUCAAUUUAGGUAAAGAGUAUGUUGGGUGCCCUAGAUAGAUCAAAAUGUCACCUGCAUAAAAGGCCAAUUUAUGACUGUCCCUUUAAUAGUAAAUGCUCUGUCCCUGAUAUCUUCAUUUUGUCUGACGUAUUGAGCUAAUGGUUCCAAAUAUAAUGCAAAGAGUAGCGGUGACCAUGCACAAACCCUAUCUUGAGCCCCUUUCUAGGGUAAAAUUUGAUAAAUAUCCAUUAAUUUUAAUCCUAGCAGUGGGAUUGUCAUUUAGCGCCUGUAUAGUUUUAAUAAUUGUGUCAUGUAGACCAAAUCUGUGUAAAACUCUGUAAAGAAAAUUCCAGUGAACUGAGUCAAAUGCCUUUUCAGCGUCCACAUUUACCACUAAAUUCCAAAAAAAGCCAGCAAUAUGUCUUGAUGCAGCGCUUAUUGAGACAUAGACAAAAAAUUUAAUAAAAGUAAAAUAUCUGU